GUUCUUAAGGAGCAGCUUCCAAAGCCCUGAACAGGACUUGUGUCCGAAAGCCUUUGACUUCUAAUUCUACUUAUCUGCUUCACCAUGGCUGAAUGGAUCCUGGUUCUUGCCGCGUUUGUGUCCUCUUUGUUCACUGCAAACGCGGAGAUGACUUUGACUCAGCCUCCGUCCGUAUCGGCGUCUCCGGGUACAACCGUGAAAAUCACUUGUACCAUGUCAGGGGGCAGCAUCGGCAGCUACUACACGAGCUGGUACAUGCAGAAACCCGGCAGCUCCCCAGUUUUUGUGUGGUAUAGAAGCUCCACGAGAGGAUCGGGAAUUCCAGAUCGAUUCACCGGUUCCACAGUCUCAUCGAGCAACCAAAUGCAUUUAACCAUCACCAACGUGCAAUGGCAGGACGCCGCCGAUUAUUACUGUGGUGUCUGGUAUAAUAGUAGCCCGUACGCAUUCACCUUUGGGGGAGGAACCAAACUGAAUUUCAACAGUCCGCGAAAACCCGCCGUAUCCGUCCUCCGACCGUCUGCGGAAGAAAUUCGAGGACAGGGCACCGCCACCCUGGUGUGUUUAGUGAGCGGGUUUAAUCCGGCCGCUGUGAAUAUCGAGUGGACUGUGGACGGCAGUACGAGAAGGAAUGGCGUUGAGACCAGCCGGAUCCAGCAGGACGCGGACAACACGUUCAGUGCGAGCAGUUACCUGACUCUGCCAGCCUCAGACUGGAACUCACACGAGCGUUACUCCUGCGUGGUUAAACACGAGUCUCAGGCAACCCCAUUUCAAACAAACAUCGCGCGAUCCAGCUGUAUGUAAUACAAUAUGUUUAGAGGAUGUUUCUUUAAAAUAAAGCAAACGAAUUUCAUGUACGGAUGUUAAAUUUUUGAUUGUAGCUGUCACAUUUCGCAACCGGGAGAAAACAGGCAUUGCGUCCUGCUGGACGUUCUUAAAUAGCAUUCGUUCAGAAAUUAAUAUCAUCCAUGUAAUUUUAUCCCACAGUAAUUAAAAUCUACCCG